AUGUGUGUCUACUCGAUCUUCAACUUCGUGUGUGGAGCCCGAAAGCUCAAGAUUGUCGCGCCAUGCACUGCCUUCGCCAUCAAUGUCCAAGGACUCGGUUUCUGCCAUGAUGACCCAGUCGCGCAUGUCGACGAUGGCCGCAACGGUGCGCGCUUGUUCGUGUCAGAGUCGUUUGGUCCCGGAAUCUGCUCCAGUGUUCACUGCCGCCAAAUUUACGCUCUCAUCCCUCCGCACGAGUAUCAUCUCUGCGGCGCGAAAGAUCUCGUGGAAGAUGAUGAGCCGUUCUGCAUGUCCGAGGAGGCGCGCAACGAGAGAGAGGAUCGCUGGUUCCGUCAGAUGCUGACCACAGAUCAACAGCUCCAAGCUAUCAACACGGUCUUCCCUCUGGGCAUUGAGGACGUCUCUCCGUACACCCAGUAUGUACUGAGGUCCGGCCCGACGGCGACUCAGCAUCACAAGCAGCUGGGUCGAGAGUGCAACCCAGACGAUAUUGAUUGGCGUGAGCUGAACCCUCGCUAUUUGACCGAGUAUGGCUUGUGGAUCUGCACAUCAUAUCUUCUCCCAGCCUCCGUCACCGAUACGAGAUACCAUCAACAUCAGACAAGCUCGCCAUUCCAGCCGUCAUACGGGCCUUUCAAGGUCGGCACACAUUCUUGUAAGCCAAAAACUGGUCUCUGCAAGUUGUGCGGUAGAUACCACGCGCAUAAGGCGGGUCGUGAAGUGCUGUAUCAUGCGCGCGUUUGGUYGGGACCUAUGUUGGAAGAUGCCUCUCUCCCCCACACCAAAGUCCUCAGCCGCAUCAAUCCCGAGCAUGGCGAACAUGUUCCGCUCGAUGACCGUGACGAAGAGGGCGACAGCUUCAUGUCCGAAGACUGA